AUGGACAUGCCAAGGAGGAUUGUCCUGCUGGGAAAAACUGGAAGUGGGAAAAGCAGCCUGGCUAACACCAUAUUUGGAGAGGAUGUGUUCAAGAUAAGCCAUGCUGCCAUCUCUGAAACCAGUCAUUCUCAUGCAGUAACCAAAUAUGUAGAUGGAAAAAGCAUCACCUUGAUUGACACUCACAGUUUUUUUGACACGUGCAAGUCUGAGAAGUUGCUCAACACUGAGAUAGUGAAGUGUAUCACUGAGUGUGCUCCUGGACCUCAUGCUUUUCUCAUUGUGCUUAAAGUGGCGAAAUACACUGAGCAGGAGAACGUCAUCAAAAAGAUACAACAACAUUUCUCUGAGGAAGCUUUCAAAUAUGCUGCAGUUGUCUUCACUCAAGGUGACCAGCUCCCUGAGGGAAUAACAAUUAAGGAGUUUGUCAAUCAAAGUGAAUAUCUGAGUGAUCUGGUGAAGAAAUGCGCCGGCCGGUGCCACGUCAUUGAUAAUAAAUACUGGAAGGACAACAAAGAACACAACUACAGGAGCAACCAGUUCCAGCUGGCAGAGCUACACAAGACAAUAGACAAAAUAUCUGAAGCAAACAAUGGAAGCUGCUUUACCAAUGAGAUGCUAAAAGCAGUGAAAACAGAAAUACAGAGAGAGGAGGAGCGCAUUAGACAGUCAUCAGAAAACAUGACACAGGAAGAGAUUAGAAAUAAGGCUAAAAUCAAUGUUUCUGAAAUGAUGGUCAGAUUUGCAGGUGUUGCAACAGGUGCAUUGUUAGGAGAUUUGCUUGGUGUGGUUACAUCAACACCAGGAGGAAGAGUAUUGGCCGCUCAGAGUGGUGCAAUAAAGGGCGGUUGGAUGGGAUAUAAUGCAGCUGAAGGAGCGGGCACUCGAGGGGAAGCCGCACAGAAAAUAUUGGAGACUGUGUGGAACCAAUUUGCCAAAUGA